AUGGACAUUGCUUUAGGAAUAUUAGAUUUAGUGAAUGAUCAAGUGUUCAGUAAUGAUCUGUCAAAACAACGAUCACAAGGAACUAUCAUAUUUGUAUGUAUUACACAUAGUGGUUAUUGA